UCAAUAUACAAUGGUGUCAAUGUCACAAGUUUUAAAAUAUUUGAGGCAAAACACCGAGUGAUAAGGGAUUGUUUUUAUUUAAAAAAUAUGUAAAUUUGUAUUAACACCCUACUGUUUUAAAUCUUAUCCCCAAAAACAUAAGAUCAUGGCUGACGAUGAACAGGAUCCUAAAGAAUAUCGAUGGGAAACGGGUUAUGAAAAGACAUGGGAAGCAAUAAAAGAAGACGAAGAUGGCUUGGUCGAAGGCCUUGUGGCGGAAUUUGCACAAAAAGCGGCUCGGAAAGCAGCGACUCCUCGCCGUGGCCCAAUACGCCUGGGCAUGAUGAGGCAUUUACUUGUGGCCAUUGAUUGUUCUGAAGCUAUGAGUUCACAAGAUCUUAAACCUACACGAUUUUUGUGCACUUUAAAGCUAUUGGAAAAAUUUGUGGAAGAAUACUUUGAUCAGAAUCCUCUUAGCCAAUUGGGAUUGAUUACAAUGAAAAAUAAAAGAGCCGAAAAAAUUACUGAACUCUCAGGAAAUCUCAGAAAGCAUGUAAAAACUGUUCAAGGUUUAUCCAACUUGGCAUUAACAGGAGAACCAUCUCUACAAAACACACUUGAACUGGCUGGCCGAGUUCUCAAGCCUCUCCCUGGUCAUGCAUCUAGAGAAUUGCUUGUUCUAUUUGCUUCUCUAACUACAUGUGAUCCUGGUGAUAUUAAUACAACCAUACAGAACUUGAAAAAUGAUGGAGUUAGAUGUUCAGUUAUUGGAUUGGCUGCUGAAGUCAGAAUAUGUAAGAAAUUAUGUCAAGAUACUGGUGGGGAAUAUGGGGUGGUACUGGAUGAUGUCCACUACCGCUCGUUACUGUUGGAGCACACCUCACCACCACCGCGGGCCCGGGCAUUGGAUGCUGGUUUAGUGAAGAUGGGCUUCCCACAUACCGCGCCGCCAGCUACAACUUCUGAUGCUGCUGCUAACGAUCCACCUAUCACUGUUUGUAUGUGUCACUUAGAGGAGGGUGAGGGGGUGGGCGGCGAGGGUCACCUGUGCCCGCAGUGUCGCAGCAAGUACUGCUCGCUGCCCGCGCAGUGCCGCACCUGCGGGCUCACGCUCGCGUCCGCGCCGCAUCUCGCUCGAUCCUAUCAUCAUUUAUUCCCAGUAGAGCCGUUUGAAGAAUUAAAAAAUGAAGGACAAAGUCAGUUUUGUUUCGCCUGUGUCAGAUCUUUUACAGAUCUUGAUAAGCAGAUAUAUCGCUGCAACCGUUGUAUGGAGUUUUAUUGCUGGGAGUGCGAAAGUAUGAUAUCAUCCACAGUGCACGUUUGUCCCGGAUGCGCGUCACGCCCUCAUCUCUAUCAACGAUUGCCGGAAUCGUCUUGAUACUAGUUAUACAUCUAUUGUAAUAAUAAGUAUUGUAAUAUAAUAUCAAUCUAAGGAUAAUGUGUGUGUUUUGAAACUUUUUUGAUUGAGUAGUUUCCGGUAUCCAAUAAGUUUAAUUUUCUCACAAAAGUGUUGUUUAAUAUAUCCAGAAUUCAAAAUAAAUAUACUUCUCGUAAAUGUUUCAAACAUACGUAUCAACAGAAUACAUGUUUACAACUUUACCUACAACAUAACAAGAAACAAUAUGAAAAGAUUUUUUAAGAGAAUUAAUACCAAUUAAAUACG